AAGUAGGCCUACUUUAGUAUUUUGUGUAUUGACUGAUUUGGUACUUUAAACAAAUCCUCUAAAAAGCGAGGUGUGUUUAGGACCCUGCGGCGCCCCCUGUACUCCGGAGUGGGGUUAGCUAGUUGUGUGAGGGAGGCGCUGUGAGCCAAAUCUGCACUUUACAACCCAAAAACACAGAAAAUAAGAGGAGGGGGGCGCACUGCUCCGUGCUGAGGGGCUGAAUCUUAGCAGAGGGAGAGCUGGGCGCCAACUUCCAGCUCCCUGAUGCAGCAGCAGCAGGGCAGCACAAGCUGAAAAACACACGCAAACACACACACACAAACACACACAUAUAUAUACACACACAGACAGCGCUAACCAACCAGCGGGGACGGACGGACUCGACACUCUCUUUACCCCCCUCCUCCUUCACCUCCUCCUCCUCUUUUUCCCUCUCCCUCCACCUCUUCUCCUCCUCCUCCCACCUCGUCUCUCUCUCUCCCUCCUCCCGCUGCUGCUCUUUUCUUUUGAGUAUAUGUGGAGGUCAGCGAGCACUCCGAUGAGAAUCCGAGCUCUGCGGCGCGACGAAGUUUGCUGGUUUUCCUGAGCCGGUGGGGAGCCGAGGAGAGCCGGAGCAGGAGGAGGAGGAAGAGUUUAGGAAAAGGGGGAGAAAGAGAGAGAGAAAGAAGAGGAAUAGAGAGAGAGAUGGUGUUGGACGGGGCUCUGCGAGCAGCCUGGCUCUGCGUCCUGGCGCUGGGCUUCUUCUCCUUCUUCGCCCCGUGCAAAGCUCGGAUUUACACCAACCACUGGGCUGUGAGGAUCACGGGGGGAGCCGAGCUCGCCGAGCGGAUAGCGAGCAGAUACGGCUACAGAAACCUGGGCCAGAUUGGCGACCUGAAGGACUAUUACCACUUCUUCCACAGCCGGACGAUAAAAAGGUCGACGCUCUCCAGCCGAGGCACACACAGCUUCAUCUCCAUGGAGCCAAAGGUGCAGUGGAUGGAGCAGCAGGUUGUGAAGAGGAGGGUAAAGAGGGACUACAAGGCUUCAUACACAAGUGCCGUCCAGUCGAGCCCAGCCCAGUCGGACUCCAUUUUCUUCAACGAUGCUAAAUGGAGUAGCAUGUGGUACAUACAUUGUAAUGAUAACAUCCAUAACUGUCAGUCAGACAUGAACAUCGUGGGUGCCUGGAAGAGGGGCUACACAGGAAAAGAUGUGGUGGUCACCAUUUUGGAUGAUGGGAUUGAGAGGAAUCACCCAGAUCUUGUACAGAAUUAUGAUAACCAGGCCAGUUAUGAUGUCAAUGGAAAUGAUCUGGACCCCAUGCCCAGAUAUGACGUCAGCAAUGAGAACAAGCAUGGCACGCGGUGCGCUGGUGAAGUGGCAGCAUCCGCCAACAACUCCCACUGCACUGUGGGUAUCGCCUACAACGCCAAGAUUGGAGGUGUCCGAAUGUUAGAUGGAGAUGUGACUGAUAUGGUGGAAGCAAAGUCACUCAGUCUGCACCCACAGCACAUCGAUAUCUACAGCGCUAGCUGGGGUCCUGACGACGAUGGCAAAACUGUGGACGGGCCAGCUGCUCUUGCUCGACAGGCUUUUGAGAACGGCAUUCGACUGGGCAGGAAGGGACGGGGUUCCAUCUUUGUUUGGGCCUCAGGGAAUGGUGGGCGGAGUCGAGACCACUGCUCCUGUGAUGGCUACACCAACAGCAUCUACACCAUUUCCAUCAGCAGCACUGCAGAGAGUGGCCGCAAGCCGUGGUAUUUGGAGGAGUGCGCGUCUACCCUCACCACCACGUACAGCAGCGGCGAGAACUACGACCGCAAGAUUAUCACUACAGAUCUAAGGCAGCGCUGCACAGACAGUCACACUGGAACGUCAGCGUCCGCUCCCAUGGCUGCCGGGAUCAUCGCUCUUGCCUUGGAAGCAAACACUCUGCUCACAUGGAGGGAUGUGCAGCACAUCAUUGUGAAAACAUCUCGUGCUGGCCACCUCAGUGCUCCUGACUGGAAAACCAAUGCAGCAGGAUACAAUGUCAGUCAUCUAUACGGCUUUGGGCUUAUGGAUGCGGAGGCAAUGGUCAAAGAGGCAGAGCGAUGGAAACCAGUUCCCCCCCAGCACAUAUGCGUAGAGAAUGCUGAUAAGCAGAUAAGGACAAUUCGCCCAGAGCAUGUGGUCCGGUCCGUGUACAAGGCGACAGGCUGCACAGACAACGCAAAUAAUCAUGUUAUUUAUUUGGAGCACGUCGUGGUACGCAUCACAAUUACUCACCCAAGACGAGGGGACCUGUCAAUUAAUCUGACCUCGCCUUCGGGGACGAAGUCUCAGCUCCUUGCUAACAGGCUAUUUGACCACUCAAUGGAAGGCUUUAAGAACUGGGAAUUCAUGACCACCCACUGCUGGGGGGAGAAAGCUGCAGGAGACUGGAUACUGGAAAUCAAUGACACACCCUCACAACUCCGCAGUCAGAAAACCCCAGGCAAACUAAAAGAGUGGUCACUGGUGCUUUAUGGCACCUCCGUGCACCCGUACUCCUUUCGCAGCGAGAAGCCCCGCUCUACCGUAGAGAAUCCCAGUGAUGAUGAGUACAGUGAGGAGUAUGUGGGUGCCUGUGACCCUGAAUGCAGCGAUAAUGUGUGCGAGGGUCCUGGGCCCCAUCAGUGCAUCAACUGCCUGCACUACUUUCUCAAGUUUAAGAACAAUACCAGGAUGUGUGUGCCGGAGUGUCCGCCUGGCUUUUUCCGAGACGAUAAGAGGCGUUGUAAGAAGUGUUCUCCUCUGUGCGAGUCCUGCGUUGGCAGUCGCAGCGAUCAGUGCACUUCCUGCCGGCCUGGACUUUACCUCAGAGAGGGAGCCAAUAUGUGUGUCUACGCCUGCCCUGAAGGCUCCUACCUAGACCUUGAAACCAGCAUGUGCCGGAAAUGCAGUGAGAACUGCAAGAAAUGCACUUCAGCAAACGUCUGCACGGAAUGCAAGCCGGGGCUCAGUCUACAGGGGAAUAAGUGCCAGUUGACGUGUGAGCUGGGCACAUACUACAACGGGCAUAAACGGUUGUGUGAGCAGUGCCAUCCUGCUUGUGCUACCUGUGCAGGUACUGGUAUAGAGGCGUGCACAAAGUGUGCUGAUGGAUACUAUCUUGAAGAGUGGCGCUGUGUGCACACCUGCAGUACGGGAUACUACAUGGCAGAGCAGACAGAAAACGGGGAGGUCCAGAAGUCCUGCCGCAAGUGUGAUCCUACCUGCUACUCAUGCACAGGCCCGGGGGACAGGAACUGCAGCACCUGUGUGAAUGGCUAUAACCUGGAAAAUGGUGUGUGUGUCGUCAGCACAGUCUGCAAAGAUGGUCAGUAUAUUACUGAAAAUGGGGAGUGCAAUCUGUGUGAUGUUACUUGCUUCAAAUGCAGUGGACCCAGUGAAAAUAACUGCCUCAGCUGCAUGUUUACCAGGUCCAUGGAUGAUGGACACUGUGUCCAGAAGUGUAAUUCUGGGAAGUAUGAGAGAGAUGGGCAGUGUCACCGCUGUCAUCAUACAUGCCAUGAAUGUAGUGAUGAGGGUCCUGACAAAUGCAAAAGUUGCAACAAAGAUAAAUUUGGGGUGGAGCGCUAUCUGUUUGAGAAGCAGUGUCGGGACCGCUGUCCAGAGAAACACUUCCCUUCCUCAGGGAACGUUUGCGAGCCCUGUCCACCAAACUGUCUGGUGUGUAGCAGCGGCAGCCGCUGCCUCCACUGUGCUGCCUCCCACUACCACAAAGACGGGACCUGUAUCAAACUGGAAUGUGGAGUGGGUAAAGUGGCCACAGACGACGAAGAAGAAGAAGAUGAUGAUGAUGAUGAUGAUGAUGAGUGUGUUCCCUGUGAGGAAGGCUGUCAGAAGUGCCUUAGUGCAAAUCCAAGGCACUGCAUGUCUUGUUUAAAGGACUAUUACCUGUUGGGCAUACGCUGCCACAGAAUCUGCCCUGAGAAGACGUUUGCAGACAACUCUUUAAUGACGUGCAUGCAGUGUGACGAUCACUGCAUCAACUGCGAUGAACUCCAGUGUUACUUUUGUGAAAAUGGCUACUUCCUGUCAGAUGGCCUGUGUGUGAAGGAAUGUAAGGGGGGAUUUUAUGGUGAUCUGAAAAAGGAGUGUGAGCCGUGUCACCCCGACUGUCGCACGUGCGGUGGUCCUUUAUAUACCGACUGUGACUCGUGUGAAAACGGCAUGCGUCUGGUGGACGGCAAGUGCAUCGAUCUCAGCAAGGCGAUCACUUGUCCUGCUUUCCACUUUGUCAGCGAGUUGGGAGAAUGUGAGCAGUGUCAUUCAACCUGUAUGCUGUGUUCAGGCCGUGCUGAAAACCAGUGUAAUGCCUGUAGAGAAGGUAUGUUCUUAGUUGCAGAGAAACAGAUGUGUGUGUCAACCUGUCCUGCUGGUUUUUAUGGGAACAGCACAAGUGGGCAUUGUGAGGAUUGUCUACCCGGCUGUGAAUUAUGCAGGGAAGCUCAUCUCUGUCUAAAGUGCAGGACUGGCAAAGCCCAGCUUUUCCUGCAGAACGGCUCAUGUGUCACACAAUGUCAAAGGGGUUACCCUGAUGGCGGUGAGUGCCGUAGCUGUGCUCAGGGAUGUGCCUCGUGUGAGGAGAGAUCUAACAACUGUCUGACAUGUGAGCAGCCAUACCUGCUCUUUAAACACACCUGUGUGGAACAGUGCCCUGAGAACUACUAUGUAAAAGAUGAAGAGUGUGAGAGCUGUCCCCAUAGCUGCACGCAUUGUGACAGAAACGGCAAAUGCAGUGAAUGUAAAGAGUACCACUUCCUGCAUAAGGGCAAAUGUUUGGAUGACUGUCCCAAAGGCUACUUCACGAGUCUAAAAAAAAAAAUUUGUGAGCGCUGUCACAUGGACUGUAAAGACUGCGAUGGGCCAGAUGCAGAUGACUGUAUAUCUUGUAUAUAUUUAACAGCGGUCCGCUACAAUGGAGAAUGUCAUAACAGCUGCCCCUCCAAUACAUACCAAGACAAGAAUGAGUGCAGGGAAUGUGAUGGGUCCUGCCUGACCUGCUCAGGCCCUCACCCUUCAUCAUGCCUCAGCUGUAGGCCUAAAAUGAGAAAGACAGUCAACGGCCACUGCGAGUUCUUCAGCAACUGCACCGCAGCCACUUUUGAGGAUAAAGAUGGAAAGUGUCAACCAUGCCACUCCAGAUGCCUCCUCUGUUCAGGGAAAGAUCAGUGCCUCCGCUGCAGCCCUCCUUAUUACUUGCACAAUCACAUAUGUGUUGCCAAGUGUCCGGAUAGUUACUACAGUGACGAGGAAAAGCGGGAGUGUGCCCAUUGCUAUGUGACUUGUGCAACGUGCCGGGGACAUCACAGUACCGAAUGCCUCACCUGCAAAGAAGGUCACUUCAUGUUUGAUAGCAGCUGUGUGGAGAAAUGUCCUACAAGCUACUACGGCAACACUGCUAACGGGACGUGCAAUGCGUGUGACCCUUCAUGUGCUGAGUGCUCUGGCAGCGGUAACAGUCACUGUUUGGGCUGUAGAGAAGGCUACUUCCUGUUGGAGCAGAAGGGGAUUUGUGUGCGCGUGUGCCCAUCCAACUACUUCCCUGAUACUCAAAACAAAGUGUGUAAGCAGUGCCACCCGACCUGCAAAACAUGUGAAAAUUCUGGAGCGCUGCAUUGCACAUCCUGCUAUUAUGGUUUCCGAAUAUAUGGAGAAAUUUGCUCGUCUCUGUGUCUUGGAGGAGAGUAUGCUGUCUCCACGAGCCCAGAGGUGAAGUGUGCGUCAUGUCACUCGUCCUGUAGCGAGUGUAAGGGCCCAGGGCUGUACAACUGCACCAGCUGCCAUGCUCUAGAGCGCCUCACUGAGGAUGGGCGGUGUCUCUCCUGCUGCAAAGAAGACAAACACAUGGACUCCUCCCCAAAACCCUGGGAGUGCUGCCAGUGCCAUGAUGCUUCCUUCUUUGACCGGUGCGUCCUCGGGGUCAACUACAACUUCCGCAGCAGAGAAGAGGUGCCCAGAGGAAACCCCGCCCUUGUUGUGGUCAUAACGAUAGUCAUGCUCAUGGCCGUAGGUUCGGUGGUUGUUCUUUUUAUGAACUGGCGCCCCAAACUGCCCUCCUUCCCCUCUGUCAAAUCAAAUGGCUACAUCAAAGUGGACAAAGAGCCCUCCUUCACCACCGCCACCCUGCGGGACAUCAUUCAGGCAGAGUACUGCGACAAGACAGGGGAUGAAGAGGACGGUGGAGAUGAUGAUGAUGAUGAUGAAGAUGAGAUUGUGUACAUGGGGAAGGAUGGAGUGGUAUAUAAGAAGUUUAAGUACGGUCUGUUGGAACAGGAAGAGGAGGGGGAGGACAUGGAGAUGGAGUAUGAUGACUCCAUCUAUGCUUUCAGAUGAAGGGGACCAGACUCAACUAGCUGGGACUCUUCAUAGCACUUUGCCAGUUUUGUUGGCAAAAAGAAAUUAUUUUAUUUAUUACAAGUUUGCUAAGGAGGGAGAAGAACCUCUAAGACAAGGUAUAUAAUUAGGGACAAAAUUGUCUUAUAUUAAAUGUGAAUAUUUGGGAAAAUGA